CUGUGGCUCAAAGGCACAUCAGCUCACUGGAUGAGAUGGAAAUUCAAAUAAUUCCACUAGAGUAUGUUCUACUGAAACCCCCCAAAAACGGUGAUACAUUUCACCUGAGCUGAUUGGGACUGAAGGUACUGUUAUAUCAUUAAGUCCACGCGCAGCGAUCGAAGACGGCUCCGGACUCAAGUGGCAGAACGUGGGCGGCGCGUCGAGGAACAUCUGAUCCACCGGAGCGACACCGGAGUCAGAAGCUGAUUCGAGGGGACGUGAAAGUCUGCGCUCGGGGGUUCUCGGGAGGAGAAAGAAAAGAAGGUGGUCCGGCGCUGCGGGGUUUCUUGUCAUGGUGCGCGUCUGUCCGCGGAGGAUUUCAGUCCAAACUGAGUUCGGAGCGGAAGGAUCGCUUUGCCACUUGCCCUGUUUGGAUCAGAUGGAAUCUAAAUCCCUGUGUCACCAGGACAAUCCGCUGCAACGUGCGUGAAACGAAGGUGAAACCGACGUUUUCCACAUCCAAGUGACGACGGGACAAUUGGCGACUUAACAAACGAUGUGAAGAGUGACGGAGUGGAAAUGCGACGCAAAGGCUUUUACCUUCUGCAGGUGUGGACCAUCGUAAGCCUCCUGCCAGCCGCCUCCUUUGCUGAGUUGACAUGUGAAGCUCUGAUGAUGCUCACAGGGAACGUGUCAAUUCACACCCUGCUGGCCGCGUGGAACCAGAGCCAGAUCAACGCCUCGGCUCAGUGGAGCGGAUCAGGCCCAUACUGCGACACUUCCAUCGACGGCAUCGGCACCUGCUGGCCCAGAAGCGGAGCAGGUCAGCUGGUGUCAAGACCCUGUCCAGAGAUGUUCUACGGCGUCAGAUACAACACCACCAACAAUGUUUACCGGAAAUGCCUUGCCAACGGCACCUGGGCACUGAAGGGGAACUACUCCAUGUGUAAGGCCAUUCUUCAUGAGGAGAAAAAAGGGAAGAUGCAUUAUCAGAUCGCCGUCAUCAUCAACUUCCUAGGUCACUGCAUCUCCAUGGUGGCGCUGCUCAUUGCCUUCUUCCUCUUCUUGUGUUUGAGGAGCAUCCGCUGCCUCAGGAACAUUAUUCACUGGAACCUGAUCACGGCCUUCAUCUUGAGAAACGCCACCUGGUUCAUUGUCCAGCUAACCAUGAGUCCGGCUGUGCAUGAGAGCAACGUGGUUUGGUGUCGCCUUGUCACCGCAUCUUUCAAUUACUUCCACUCCACCAACUUCUUCUGGAUGUUCGGCGAGGGAUGCUACCUGCACACCGCCAUCGUGCUGACGUACUCCACCGAUAAGCUGCGCAAGUGGAUGUUCAUCUGCAUCGGCUGGUGUAUACCGUUCCCCAUCAUUGUGGCGUGGGCCAUUGGAAAACUCUACUAUGACAAUGAAAAGUGCUGGUUUGGGAAGCGAGCAGGUGUUUACACUGACUACAUCUAUCAAGGUCCAAUGAUCCUGGUGCUGGUGAUCAACUUCAUUUUCCUCUUCAACAUUGUGAGAAUCCUCAUGACCAAACUCAGAGCGUCAACCACGUCAGAGACCAUCCAGUACAGGAAGGCAGUGAAGGCAACACUAGUGCUGCUCCCUCUUCUGGGAAUCACUUACAUGCUGUUCUUUGUGAACCCAGGAGAGGAUGAGAUCUCACAGAUUGUCUUCAUCUACUUUAACUCGUUUUUGGAAUCAUUCCAGGGUUUUUUCGUGUCAGUGUUUUACUGCUUCCUGAACAGUGAGGUGCGCUCAGCAGUGCGGAAGCGCUUCCAUCGAUGGCAGGAGCAGCACUCCAUCCGUGCUCGGAUGACCCAAGCAAUGUCCAUCCCCACCUCCCCUUCACGGGUCAGCUUUCACAGCAUCAAGCAGUCCACCUCGCUAUGAGAUGAGAGCGCCCUCGGCAGGGAAACGCCGGCAUCAUCACUCCUCACUGGUGCACCCACACGGAGCUGCAGGGGCGGAGCCUCAGCUCCCCCCAUACCUCACUGACUUUCAGCAGCAAAGGACACUGCAGACUUUGUGGAACUUGACUGAUCUGAAUAUGGAGCGAUCAGAACUCACUGGAGCCGCUGGGCCGCUCUAUGCGGAAUUGCUGCUUCAUCAUCAUCAUCAUCUUCACUCUCUAUAAACUAGGCUCCUGUUCCUCAGCUAUCCCUCACUGCUGCUCCAAGCGACUUUUCAGGAAGUAAUGAUCACAUUCCAGGCCUGAAGAGUUUCGUUCCAAAAACCUAAAUCCCCAACACAUUUGUGCAAGCCGAGUUGAAGUCCAGCAGGUAAUGAGCUGAAUCUGGAACCAACUCAGGCUGGUGAGUGUGUAUUACCUCCGUUGUCCUUAAUUCCUCUGAUGCUGCAGCUACCCACCACACCUCUUUCAUUAAUCCCCAACUCGCCAUCACCCGAAUAUUUUCCGUCUUGUGUUCCACUGCAACUGAACAAUUCCUCCUCCUUUUCUACUGCAAAAAUGCUCUGUGAACCAGGGUCAGGACAUAGUUUAUCUGUCUUGUUUCUCAGGAUACAAUUUGGUGGCUCUUGAGGUCAAGACAACAAUGCCUCCUUGUCUUCCGGUGGUCACAAUUGGAACAGACUUUGAACGGAUUGCUAGUCUCUGGAACAACACUUGAGAAAUGGAACAACCUUGGUGUCCUUGGGGUGGUUUUGUGCACAGCUUCGUCUUUGAGGACAGGAUACUUCCAGUGAUUCAGUCCGAGUGCAGAAAGACCAAUUCCAUUUCCACAUAUUCCAAAUUGCCAUCCAAGUUUAGACACCUACUUCCAGUUGAAUAGAGAUGAUGAGUCAUUGUCUACUAUCAAGUCUGUUUCAGUUGUUUUUUACCACUUGUAGUUUACCACUGGACAAAGUAGAGGUCUAGCCUUGGUUAUAAGCCUCUUUUUUUCCAAGAGGCUGGAACAUCCCUCGAUAAUUGGCAGUCUUAAAAUGCAGUGUUCGCUCUGAGAGGAGUACACUACCUUUAGAUGACAACAUUUUGGGACGAAACUCUUGGGCAGAACAGCAGAUCUUUCAACCAGCAUCAUUGGCCUGAAAAGGUUGCCUCCUGGAGGACACUCCGGGAUCAUUCAGGUGUCGACGUUGCUCACUGGUUAAAUGUAAAUAUGAGUAAAAGAGUGGCCAAUUUGAAGCCAGUGCUCACGGAUAACCAAAAACACUGUUAGUCUCUGUGACACCAUGUGAUCAAUGCCCACAUUCUACCUUCAGUGUUUCACCACUCACAUCCUCAUUAUUCUCCCCUUUCCUAUUUGUUUUUCCUCAUUUAAGUCACUUGAGGUUGCAAUGUUCACACUCGCUUUGGCUGUUUGGGGAAAUUGGUGACGGUUUUAGUGGAACACUCUGAACAAUUGCUGGACGAAGCCGUGCUUAUCCUGGGUUUUCCUGAAUUAAGAAAUGACAUGAUGUUGUUUUUUUAUUGUUAUUAUUUUCAAUGUCAUGUGAGCUGAUGUGUUGUUUCUGCAGCGAAAGAUACACUUACACAUGGUGAAAUAUGUGAAAUGUUAUCCACAAUAUUUAUUGUUAUUUAUUUUCCAUAUUAUUAUUUUCAUACUUGGACAAAAUGUGAUGAGAAAAUAAAG